AAAUCUUAAUUCUUAACCACCCAAUUCAUUUCCAGUCCCUCUCCGAAAAUAUGAUAAUGAAUGAAAUUUUUGGCCAACUGAAUUUUGAAAUAACGGUUAUUAAUCACUCAAGAAAAAGAAAGAACAACCCGAAAUGGAUCGAAUCGAAUCGCUAUGACCUGAGCCUGACGAACACCAGCUUUUGUUUCAUCCUUCAAUAUGGCCACCGUUUCUGGAGCUGCCCCAUGCCAAGACUCCCAAUCGGGUGCCGAAAUGGACCUCAAUUCAACUCUGGAUAGCCCUAAUUGGAUCUCCAGGCACAUUUUUCCUCCCACUCGAGCCAUUGUCAAUGGUGCCAGCCGGAUGCUCGCCUCCGUUUUCGGCUUUGAGUCCUCCUCCUCCUCCUCCUCUUCAUCUUCAGAAUGCGAUUCCUGUUCAGAUGACACUCACGACAACGACGAUCAGGAAGUCUCAUCUCAAGGGGUUCAUACAAUAGAAGAUAGAGAGCCCCAGUCUUUUGCAGGAAAGAAAGAACCCAAGCGUCUGAUAGAGCAGAUUCUCAUGCAGGAGUCUUUCUCAAGGCAAGAGUGUGAUAAACUAACAGAUAUUAUCAAGUCAAGAGUUAUGGAUUCCCCAUCGACCAGUGGCUUGGGGUUUGGUAGACUAAAUGAAAUGCCUGAUAGAACAGAUGUUGAAAUUCAUGAUUUUUGCAGCACAGAUGUUUUGGAGGCAAAAAAGUUGUUAGAGAUGAAGAAGUCAGAAAUGCAUCACGGGACCUCUGCUCUGAAUUAUGUUACAUUGAAACAUGAUGUUGAAGGUGAAGAGGGAUCACCUGUGGGCAUGGCCAAGUCAUACAUGCGAACUUGUCCUCCAUGGGCAACACCUUCUAAAAACAAUAUUGAAUUUAGAUAUCCAUCACCAUAUUCAAUUGGAGGCAAUUUUUUGUACUCAUCCAAGCGGAAAAGAGAUUCUCCUGCCACUGGCUCGUGGAACAUCCAAGAUGAAAUACGAAAAGUGAGAUCUAAAGCAACAGAAGAAAUGCUGAGGACUCUAUCAUCCUCAAAAAUUGAUUGGUCUUCAUUUCCAUUGGAGCAUAAAAAUGGUCCUGAUUCUAUAGUUUCCAAUAACUUUGGACCUGCUGAGAAAGAUAAGUCACAGAGCUCUAAAAGGCCAGUAGAUGCACCUAUAGACUUGGCCGCAAAACCAGCUUCACAACUUGUACAAGAUGCAUUUCAUAAUGAUGCUUUACCAAGACCAGCUAUUUUUGGUUGUGAACAAAACCAGGUUAUGCAAGCAAUUCAAGGCAUUGAGGUGAAAAAAGUGAGAUUUUUGAGAUCAAAUGUGACUUUAGACAUGGGACAGAGACUUCAAUCAACAGUGGAUAUGAAGACUGAAUUACAUAGUGAUGUUGUUGCUCCUGAUGGCAAUCAUUUAAAGGAAUCCAACAGCUCGUUCCUACCAUUUGGCUCUACUAAGGAAGGAACUCUUCAGGAAUCACAAGUAGAAGAUAAAAACUUUUGGACAUUAAAUGAAGUUGCUGGAAUAAGCAGUGCCAACGGGUUCCCUUCAGGAUCCAAUAUGUCUUCUGAAGUGGAUAAAGAGAAAAAUCAUACACCGAUUAUCAGCAAGGAGGACAAGGCAGUUGGUUGUGGACAUGACAAUGCAUUUAGAGUUGUGGCAGAGGUGAAGUGUGAGCCAUUGUGUGAGGAGUCUAUGGAGGUGCCAAUGGUAAACGAAACUGAUGCUGCCACCUCUGGUUCCCAACACAGUUGGAGCAUGCCGUUUGAAGGUUCACCACAAAACCAGAAUGCGCUAAUAUCAGAAGGCAAUUUGGCAGGCAAAAGCAACUCUGGUAUAGAGAAGAAGCCGCAGCAGCAGGGAAAGAAAGUGAGCAGAUAUAACAGGAGAGGCAGAGGACGAGGCAGAUGAUGCUAUGUCAUGCAUGUAUGUAGCUAGCUAACUGUAAAAUGACCUGUGUGACAGACAACACUUGUAAGCUGUAUGAAGACUGACAAAUGCGGUUUCGAACCAACCGGUCUUUUAGCUGUCUAAGAUGGCUGAGAUUUAGGUUUCAGAAGUUCAGUUUAGGAAUUGAUUUUUAUAGUUUGUUUGCAUCAAAAUCGUGUUACUUAUCAUACAUAUUGAAGUUUUAGGUGUCAGAUGCGCAAUGCAUUUAAGUACUUCUAUCUUAAUUCUGUACGUGCAAACAUCUGUUUAAUUAUACAUGUACCAUAAAAUCAACAAGCACAUUGAUGUUUUUUAUAACAUUUAUAUGCAUUACAACAAAAAUUCUAUGC